CGUUUUAUGAAAUUCUAUAGGCAAGACAUGAUGUUUGAAUAGUUUCCCUCUAUAUUCUUAGAGAAGAUCUAUAGAUGGUUCCAACAAACGCAUUCAUACAUGAUGCUAUAGUGAGGACUUAGCAUAAUUGAUAAAACAUUGUAGAUCAUGAAGCACAAAACCGAACCCCAUCUUGUUUUUUUGACGUGAGUACAACGUUUUGGCGCUCUUCGCUCAUUGGACAACUCACUUCUUGGAAACCAAUCAGCACGAGCAAAAAGCAGCCAAUCAACGGCAUGCAUAUUCCCUGGAAAGUAUAUAAGCACGAGAUUUUCAGGACUUGGCAUCAUUUGCAUUCGGCGCAUUGUCAAAGCAAGACGCAAAAAUGAGAACCUCUAUGCUUAUUCAAUCUUCCACCAUUCUUGGCACAUUCCUGUCAUCAACAGGACGUGCAAUGCAUAUAGACAUGUAUGAGUUGGGAUGUGAUGUGUGGCAGUUAAGUAAGGAGAUGAGUGCCACCCUAGGGCAUGAGCUGCUGUCGCUCGGUGAGAGAGUCAACAGCUUUGCCACAACCACUUCUGCUGCUGCUCUGUCUUUCUUCUCGGCAACAGAUCUGCUCUUCUUUCUGGCUUUUCUGCUCUUAGUUACUUCUGUUGUUGGUUCUGUUCAGUUUGUUCAACAGUUCAACACUGCAAUGAAAGACCUGAAAAGCAAAAUGGCAGGUCUAGCAGAAGAGAAUGUGCAGAUGAGGCUGGUUUUGAAUGCUUUGCUGAACGAUGCAGACGAGACAGAGAAGGCAUUAGCAAUGAAAUUGAACGCCUUAGCCGAGGAGCAGAAAAACUUGGCCGGGUGGUUGAAUUUUCACACAGAGAUGUUCAGAAUCAGACUGGACUACUUAAGCCACGGCACACCCAAGGUUCAGAGCAAAAGAAAAAGAUGAAGCUACUGACGUUGCAUCAGCUUAUUUUUUCCUUAUGUAACAGUCAAAUAUGUUUAAUAAAUUAUUGUUGCCUGAAACUUCA